AUGUAUGAUAAGGAGAAAGAAGUAACAAUUUAUGCGACAACCGAAAAAUUAAGGUAUAACCCUAAACUGUUAAGUUGUCAAGAUAAAGUUAUCGAUGAAUAUGAUGAUGAAAGUGAGACAGACUCGGUUUGUCCAAGUCAAGAAAGCUAUCAUAGUCUUCAUAGUUCCGAUAACGAAUAUGAGCUUUUAAAUUAUGGGGAAACUUAUGCAUAUACAUGUUGUGGAGAUAAAAAGUGCAAGUGGAGAAUUCAUGCUUCUCUUACACAAGAUGGGGUUACUUUUGAAGUAAAGAAAUUUAUAGAAACUCAUUCUUGUACUCGAAGCAACAAGAGUGGUAAUAAACAUGCGACUCAAGGAUGGAUUGUUGAUGUUGUUACCGACAAGUUGAAAUCUGAAGGCGAUGUCUCUCCUGCCGACCAAAAAAAGUGGCUUAUGCAUACCUACAAUGUUGAAGUACCAUAUAUGAGAUUCUUUAGAGGAAGAGAACAAGCUUAUACCGAUAUGUAUGGAAAGUGGGAUGACUCUUAUGCUAAUAUAUAUGAUUUCAAACAAGAACUUGAAAAAAGAAACCCAGGAAGUGUGGUGGAGAUUGAUUUACAGACAGUUGGUGAAAAGAAACAUUUCCUACGCUUUUUUGUAUCAUUAACAGCAUGCUCUAAGGGGUUUCUUACUGGUUGUCGUCCUUACAUUGGGCUUGAUGCUUGUCAUUUGAAAGGGAAAUUUAAUGGUGUGUUAGUCGCUGCCACAAGUAUCGACGGUAACAAUGGUAUGUUUCCAGUAGCUUAUGGUGUGCUUGAGGCAGAGAAUACAAAAUCAUGGACUUGGUUUCUCACAUCACUAAAAAAACGAUUGGUUUAUCCUAAUAUUGAGCAUCGAGAAUGCAUAAGACAUUUAUGUAGCAACUUCAAGAAACAUUUUCGAGGUGACUUUUUCAUGAGCAAACUAUGGGAGGCUGCAAAUACCUACUCUGUUAAUAAGCAUGAUAGAUUAUUAAAUGAAAUUGCUACUAAAUGUGCCGAUGCAAUUUCAUAUUUGAAUGAGAACCAUAAAAAGAUAUGGAGUAGAAGUGACAUACGUUAUAAACCGGUGCUUGAUCUCCUUGAUGUAAUUAAAGAAAAGCUUAUGGAACGAUUUGAUAAGAAAAGGAGUAAGAACUUGGGUAAAUAUCAAGUUUGUAGAAGCAGUGAUAAUAAAGCAGAAGUGAAGUACAAAGGAUAUCGUUGGGAUGUUGUAUUGGAUGAGAAAAAGUGUAGUUGUCGAAAAUGGCAAGUUACAGGCCUUCCGUGUGUGCAUGCAGCUGCUUUUAUUGCUUUCACAAGGGAGCCUAAUUGGGACAAAUAUGUUGAUACAUAUUUCACAGUCGACAAGUUUAAAGAAGCAUAUGCUUUAGAAAUUAGUCCGAUGCCUGGAAAAGAUCAAUGGGUGAAUAUAGAAACAGUCGAAAAAAUAUACCCUCCUAUUAUAAAACGGCCGCCUGGACGACCUAAAAAGAAUAGAAUUAUACCACAUGAUGAGCACAAGAUAAGACACAGAUGUCCGCGUUGUGGUAUGUAUGGACACCAUCAAAGGACUUACAAAAAUCCUGCGUCUCAAGGUUUUGAUGAAGCAUCCUCUAGCAAGAGGAAAGAACACAAAAUAUCAUGAGUUUUUGUUAUGAUGUUCAUUACACUUUAGUACUUUAAUGCUUUCUGCAUGG